UGUGCUUCUACUUAUUUUGGCUUUCCUCGUCUCUUGGUUAUUUAUUCUUCAUUUCAGUCAUUCGCCUGCCUCCUCAACACCUGCAUACUCCGGCGACAUCUCAUGGUAUGGAAAAUAUUUGCGCCUCGCCUUCUCUUCUCGUUGGUCAGCCUAUUUGUCACCAUAGCUGCCGUCUGCUUCAGCCGUUUGCUCGUCGUUCGUUGUUUGAUCUCUAGCCUUGUGGCUCUGCGAUUUCAGUUUCGCCCCACUUCUCCGGCAUGA